UAGAUUAUAUUAUUUUUCAUUUGCUAGUGCUAUAGCAACGCCCGCACAGCUGCACAGAGAGCCCGUGUCAUAUCCAAACUAUCCCCCAUCCGUCCGUUGAUAGUUGAUACCAUCGCACGCGUUGGAUAACUUUCUAAUUGUAACCAUCAUCAAAGUUUAAUAUACUAAUCAUGGGUGAAUGGAAACACGGUACCUUUGGUUGCUUUGAUAACCUAGGAAUAUGUAUCAUCACAUAUAUUGCACCUUGUUACACGGCUGGUAAAAAUGCUGAAGCCAAUGGCGAGAGCUGUAUCCUCUAUGGAUGCCUGUCAAUGCUGGGAUGUAUUGGGUUGUGGUCAAUGACUUCCAUUCGAGGAAAGACCAGGGCGGCCAAAGGAAUCGAUGGGUCGUAUGUCAACGAUCUGAUAUGCAUCUGGUUUUGUACACUUUGUGCCUUAGCCCAAGAAAAUAUGGAAUGGGCGGAUGGUGGACAGGCGAUGGCACGUGAAUAAACUAUCACCCUUUCUAGCUGGUCUCCUCAAUCUCAUAUCAACAUGAUUAAGAUCCGACCUCUGCAGCAACACUGGACCAACCAGCCUAAGGUGGUGGCAAAAAGCAAAAAAUAAUGAAAACUUCCAUUUAUCAACUCAAACUAUUAUAUCACCUGGGAUCAUUUUUUAUCAACAUUUUCGUCCGACAGACAAGUUGUCAGAUCUGACAACUUUCCUUGAUUUUGAUUGGCUGAAUAGCACCGCUACUAUGGUACUGUCUGAUAAAACGGGACUUGUCGGAUAAAACAUCCCGAUAUUUCAUUUAUAAAACACGCCCCUAGGGUCCCUCACCACAACACUUGGGGAUUGAUCAUACGGAUUUGUUUGCAAUUGAUUUCGUCUUUCAUACAAAAUUAACUAUACGAUCAAUAUACGCUUUUUGCUGUAGAGGCCCUGGCUUUGGCAGUGAUGAAAGGGAAAAAUCUGAAAUCUGUGAUUACUUCUAAGGGAUACUGAUUAAACAAUUUACGAACACUCCAAAUCCAUGAUCAUAAUCUUUUCACUUUGUCGAUAGAAACUACUUUACAUAAAAAUUAAACACAUAUGAGUUAAUGACUUGAAAUAUUUUGUUGUCGGUAUUACUAUUUUUUGAACGCUGAAAUAAAAUUAGAGGCUGAGACUCUUGUGGAAACGAGGCCGCCGGUUAAGAGGCUACAAUAUGCCUAAAGUGAUGCACAUUGAACUAUAUUGUCUUUCAGAAUACUAUUACGAGAUUAUUGUCAUAAAUAUGCGACGUAAUCAUUUGGUCGUUGGUUUGAUUAAGUUGUGCAAUUAGAGGAGUUACUUAUUUACUUUCUGACAUAGCAUUUCAAACUCGUUGAAUUAAAAAAAUAUAAUUUAUGCAGAUACUUCCCUAUACAAAUAAAAUAUCUAUGGAUAUGCAAGUAAAAGUCAACAUAGUUUGUUCUUUGUCUUUCAAUGUCUCUUUUGUAGAAAAACAACAUUUCCCCGUUUUAUUUACAUAAAUAAAGGAAAUGUCAAUUUAAUGUCAAAUGAAAAACUUGAAUAUCGGCUGUGUUAUAUUGAUCACCCCCCCCCCAAAAAAAAAAAAACGUGACUACCCAGUAUCACUCACAGGAAUUAUGGAUGAUUACAUUUUUGUAUAAAGUUUUAUAUGCUUCAAUCAUGUACAUAGUCUACGUUUAGGUUUUAGUGAUCUUUUAUAAUCUUUGUAAAUCUGUGGAUGUUUUCUGUUGUUUCUGCGAGGUUUUCUCUUUUAAACUGAAAUUCGUAUAGACUUAAUUGUAGACGCCCUUUUUUCGCCGGAAACUUGAGCGUAAUUUGGUUUAUUAUAUUGGUAUUUCAUAAAGUUAUUUAUAUCGUAACAUUCGUUUGUUAAUCAAUGUUCCCCAUUUAGAUACCCCGGAUUUGUAAAAAUAAAUCAUAUUAACCAAGGAGUCCCACUGUAGACAAAUCUAACAAUAAUACAAUAAAAUAAUCAAGUUGUUUCCCACUUUUCAUCCGAUUUUAAGUUGUGUUGAAAUCAUAAUCAAACACGUCUAAUGCAUACAAACUGACACGACCUGUAUUUCUGUAGUACUUUAGAAAUUACACGUGAUUUAGUAAACAUAUCCGAAAUGUCAAAUAAUAAUUGUAUUGCAUAAUGAAAUGUUGCAAGUUCUCCGUUAAUGUUUAAUAAUCUCUCGAAUUCUUAAAGUACUUUUUUGAUGAUAAAAGGAAAUGAAAUAAAGGUUUGAUGCAUCAAAUAGAAUACCGAAUCAGAGUGUUUCCAGAGAAAAAAAUCCGGAGACAAAUUAUAUGCUGAAAUGAUUUUGUAUCGGGAAAGGCCUAUCAGCAAAACAGUGAAAAUCUAUACUUCUAUUGAAUGAGUGUAAUAGAAUUGAUAUAUUGUAAAAACACAUAAGUAUUGUGGUUUUCUUUUGGCGCCCCUUUUUCUAUGAUUAUAUAUCUUGUACUGUCGUGGAACCAUCGUCAGAUUUGUUUUAUA